UACUAGGUCCUUUUACAGUUAAGCAGCUUGAAGCUAGCUUGUAAAAUAGAUGAAGCUCUUCUGAUUUGUUUUAUACCAUAAAUAGCAAUAAUGACAGAGGAAAUAAUUAGUAACAAAUAUGCGCUUAUUUCAAGCCGCUUAAUGUCUGCAAAUUUCCUCGGAUUAAUACGCUAUAGUGAUCGAUUCUGACAACAAAACAAGUUUUUAUGAAAAUGUCCUAGCCCUUUUUUUAGAAUAGCGUUUUAUUCUUAACAAUAAAAGUGAUUCAAUAGAUAAAAUAUAGGUUUCGUUGACACAAGACAGUGCUAAUUCAUAUAACAACAAUAUUCAGUGGUUCUGAUUAGUUACUUUUUCUGUUUUUGGUUGAUAUAUAGUUUACACAAAAGCUUUAAUUUUGGAUGUUAUGUGUUAAGUUGUUUAUGGAACUCAUUAAAAGAUGGAUGCUCUAUCUUCUGGUACUCUACAGUCGCCUUCGACGUUCUCAGAGUGCUCGAAAACUGGAAGCAGCAAAUCAGGAACAAGCGCCACUGAAAAGGAAAGGGAUAUAGAUCUAACGAAAGACAAUGUUUCAUCCCCCAUUGACCUGGAAUGUCAUAUCCAAGCUGAGCGUAUCACCAAAAUAUUGGACGAGGCUAUAUAUAAAACCAAAUUGGCACUCUGUCUACCAAACCUCGUCCAAGAGUACCGGACCCUCAGCUCUGUGCUGUCCAGACAGCAUAUGGAUGAUCUGGUCUUCAUCUUUGAACAAUACGACAAUCCCUUGUUCUCUACGAGUUUACUGAACAUGGCUGCAAUGGAAGAUAUGAAAGCGGGUGAUGUUUCAUUAAAAAAUCGCUUGAACCCGGAAUUAGGACAUCUAUUGUAUAUCAUGAAUAGUUAUCCAGCGCUGAAGCUUAAAGUAGAGGAAAUGAUACAGGAGAUGAAGGCAGACUAUGAAACAACACGGGAGAUCAAGAGUAAUAACUCGUUGGAAUACUUACUGACUUUUGAACACUUCCGCGACUUGAUGGUGACACAAAUGAAUAGAACUGCAGCGGAAGAGUUGGCUGACAAAAUUUCCACCAGGAAACUGGAAGCUUCCAAUGAAAAAUUACUCGGGAAAAUUAAAGAAUAUUCGACGUCACUGAAGGAGGAAGGCGACCGGUUUGAAGAAACAUUAGCUCUUAAAGCAGAUAUCAUCGCCAAAUUAGAGCACGAACUGACGCUGCUCAACCACGACGCUACUAUUAAACUAAAAAAGAAAAUCUUGGAUUCAGAUCGUCAAAUGGUGCUCGCUAGUAGAGCUCAUGCAGUCAAGAAUGAAAUGCUUAAAGAAGAAGAGUUAGAGGUUCGAGAGGGAUACGAAUCAUUGCUAAGAAUGCACCUGACGGAUGAGAAAAAUCAAAGAGCAAGAAGGUUCAAAGUGGAAACUCAGCUGCUGUCGUGGCUCCAAAAAUAUGAUUUGGAGAUGGGCGAUAAGCAAGUGGAACUAGAUGAGUUCACGGAGAAAUAUGAAGAUGAAGUGAAGAAAUGCGAAGACUUGGAGGCAAAACUAGCGGAGCAAGACAAAGACUAUAUUCCACUGAUGGCGGAACGCGAAGAAGAAUAUCAUCGGGAGAUGACGGAGAAAAUGACGAAGUUCUUGAUGGAACAUGCUGCGAGAGUUAUACAGAACGCGUGGAGAGAGGUGUUGGCCAAUCGUGCAGAGAAGAAACGGUUGAGAAAAUUGCAAAAGAAAAUGCAAACAGCUGCUGCCGCAGCAGAGAAGAAAGGUGGAGGAAAGAAAUAAAUUUAUUGCGUUUUGUAAAUUUUUAUUGUUUCUGACUUAACUUACAAUUUC